AUGAAGAAAUUCUUAUUUACUUCUCUCUUCUUUGCUGCUACCGCAAUGGCCGAUGUUUUGAGCGAUGUCGCUUCUAACCCCAUCACAAUGAUCGAAUCAUUAUCACCAAGUUGUCAAGCCUCUUUACUUAGCAUCGUAGCAAACCCAGAAUUCUUUGAAUGCGUACCAAUCCCAGCGCUUUUGCCAUUGUUACCGGUUCUAACUGAUCCAACUGCCAUUCCAAAAAUGUUACAAGAUCCUGCUAAAAAUAUACCUCCAAUAUUUGGACCGGUAUUUGAUGGUAUUUGUGCUGCACCUAAAUGUUCUGACGAAGGUGUUGCCGCCUCUCUUAAAGCCUUAAAUGAUGGCUGCCAGGCUGAUGAGAAGAAUUUAAUUAUAGAAAUCGCGACUGCUGUCGUCACAUUCUAUUCCCCGCUUAGAGAUACGAUCUGCUUCAAAGACAAAAAACAAGAGUACUGUGUAUUCGAAACUUUGGAUAAAGUGACUGCCUUACCUAAACCUCCAUUUAAGCUUAUCGAUGGUGGUUUGAUUGAUUCCAUCGCCCUUGCUGAACCUAAAGAGAUUUGCACUCCAUGCAACAAAGCCAUAAUCAACACUAUUUUUAACUUCCUCAACGCUGAUACAAAUCAUUCCGUAGAAUAUUUAGGACAACUUGGUGUCCCUCCACUUUUCUUACAAAUCGGUAAACUUUUUAUCGGAGUUAAAUGUGGUAUUGAAUUCUUGGACGGUAAUGUUGGAAAACCAGAAGAUACCGAUCCAGACGAUUUCAAUUAUCAAUUGUCUCAAGGAACAUAUGGUUCAUCCGGUGCCUCCAACGUUAAAGGAAGUUUGACAAUGAUGAUCGGUGCAUCCUUGGCUUCCGUUUUCUUAUUUUAA